GCAGGCGCAGUCUGGAGCGGGAGGUUGGAGGGACGGCGCUGGAUCGCGGACAUGUCUGGCGUUCGGGCGGUGUCGCGGCUGCUUCGAGCGCGUCGCCUGGCGCUGGCCGGGCCGCAGUGGCCGGCAGCAUUCCACACAAGAACCCGUGGUUUUCACUUCACUGUUGAUGGGAAUAAAAGGGCAUCUGCUAAAGUCUCCAAUUCAAUUUCUACUCAAUAUCCAGUUGUGGAUCAUGAAUUUGAUGCAGUGGUGGUCGGUGCUGGAGGGGCAGGCUUGCGAGCUGCGUUUGGCCUUUCUGAGGCAGGAUUUAAUACAGCCUGUGUUACAAAGCUCUUUCCUACCAGGUCACACACUGUCGCAGCGCAGGGAGGAAUCAAUGCUGCUCUGGGAAACAUGGAAGAGGACAACUGGAGGUGGCAUUUCUACGACACCGUGAAGGGCUCUGACUGGCUGGGGGACCAGGAUGCCAUCCACUACAUGACAGAGCAAGCCCCUGCCUCCGUGGUUGAGCUAGAAAAUUAUGGCAUGCCAUUUAGCAGAACCGAAGAUGGGAGGAUUUAUCAGCGUGCAUUUGGUGGACAGAGCCUCAAGUUUGGGAAAGGUGGUCAGGCUCACCGGUGCUGCUGUGUGGCUGACCGGACCGGCCAUUCGUUGCUGCACACCUUGUAUGGAAGGUCUCUGCGAUAUGACACCAGCUAUUUUGUAGAGUAUUUUGCCUUAGACCUCCUGAUGGAGAAUGGGGCGUGCUGUGGUGUUAUCGCUCUGUGCAUAGAAGACGGGUCCAUACAUCGCAUAAGAGCAAAGAACACUGUUGUCGCUACUGGAGGCUACGGGCGCACCUACUUCAGCUGCACGUCUGCCCACACCAGCACUGGCGACGGCACAGCCAUGAUCACCAGGGCUGGCCUGCCCUGCCAGGACUUGGAGUUUGUUCAGUUCCACCCCACAGGCAUAUAUGGUGCCGGUUGUCUCAUUACAGAAGGAUGCCGUGGAGAGGGAGGCAUCCUCAUUAACAGUCAGGGUGAGAGGUUUAUGGAGAGAUAUGCCCCUGUUGCGAAAGACCUGGCAUCCAGAGACGUUGUGUCUCGCUCCAUGACUCUGGAAAUCCGUGAAGGAAGAGGCUGUGGCCCUGAGAAAGAUCAUGUCUACCUGCAGUUGCACCACCUGCCCCCUGAGCAGCUUGCCACGCGUCUGCCUGGCAUCUCAGAGACGGCCAUGAUCUUCGCUGGCGUGGACGUCACCAAGGAGCCGAUCCCAGUCCUCCCAACUGUGCAUUAUAACAUGGGUGGCAUUCCCACUAACUACAAGGGACAGGUUCUGAAGCACGUGAACGGCCAGGAUCAGAUUGUACCUGGCCUGUAUGCCUGUGGUGAGGCCGCCUGCGCCUCAGUGCAUGGAGCCAACCGGCUUGGGGCAAACUCUCUCUUGGACCUGGUUGUCUUUGGCCGGGCAUGCGCCCUGAGCAUCGCAGAGUCUUGCAGGCCUGGAGAUAAAGUUCCCCCAAUUAAACCAAAUGCUGGGGAAGAAUCUGUCAUGAAUCUUGACAAAUUGAGAUUUGCUGAUGGAAGCAUCAGAACAUCGGAACUGAGACUCAGCAUGCAGAAGGCAAUGCAAAGUCACGCCGCAGUGUUCCGUGUGGGAAGUGUGUUGCAGGAAGGCUGUGAGAAAAUCAGCCAGCUCCAUGGAGACCUGAAGCAACUGAAGACGUUUGAUCGGGGAAUGGUCUGGAACACCGACCUGGUGGAGACUCUGGAGCUGCAGAACCUAAUGCUGUGUGCACUCCAGACCAUCUACGGGGCAGAGGCCCGAAAGGAGUCGCGGGGUGCUCACGCCCGGGAAGAUUACAAGGUGCGGAUUGAUGAGUACGACUACUCCAAGCCCAUCCAGGGGCAGCAGAAGAAGCCGUUUGAGGAACACUGGAGGAAGCACACCCUGUCCUACGUCGACAUCAAGACUGGGAAGGUCACUCUGGAGUACAGACCUGUGAUUGACAGAACUUUAAAUGAAGCCGACUGCUCCACAGUCCCGCCCGCCAUUCGCUCCUACUGAUGAGACCGGUGAUUGUGGAGUCCGCCUGUGUAAUUAUGUAUAAUAGCUUGUGCACGUGUUCAUGUUACAACUGUCUUCAUAAAAGUCUACUCCAGAGCAUGAGGAGUACACUCGGACAGAGAUUGCCCACGCAGUGCCCAGCAGCUCUCCAGUGACCUGACAGCUGGGGCAUGCUGCGCUCACCCUGGUCCCUUGCUUCAUUCUUAUGAAAUGAUGAGACUGAACAAAUUCUUAAAUAAAACAUACACGAACAAA